AUGUCUGACGACGACCGCGUUACCAAGCCCUUCAAGUUCGUUACUGGUGUUGACGCCCGGUUCCCGAACACCAACCAGACCAAGCACUGCUGGCAGAACUAUGUCGACUACCACAAGUGCAUUCUAGCCAAGGGCGAGGACUUCCCGCCCUGCCGCCAGUUUUGGUUGGCCUACCGGUCUCUGUGCCCGAGCGGCUGGUAUCAGCGAUGGGAUGAGCAGCGAGAGGCUGGAAACUUCCCUGCGCGUCUGGAGUAA